AUGAAGUGCAGGGGCGAGGGAGGCUGGGGGACCUUCGGCGCCUGCGACCGCUUUGAUAUGCACUACAAGCGGCCAUGUCCUGCGUGCAAGGGCGACAAGUCGCUCCCCUUUAAGCACUACGACUGCCCCAAGUGUGGAGGCCUGGGGGGCAUAGGAUCGUUGGGCGUAUGUGAUGUGCUGGAAUUGCUGUACAAGUUCCCGUGUCCCACGUGCGAAGGCAACUGCGUGUUACCGACCGACGAGCUGGCCCCUUGUAGAAAAUGCAAGGGCAAAGGCGGGUGGGGUAUAUUUGGUCCGGAGGAGCUCGGCAGCCUGCACUACCGCGCCCCUUGCGAUUCCUGCCACGGUAAAUGCUACACAUGA